AUGGAAUCUCUUGCCCUCCUCCGCCGUGGUCGCAGCAAUGAGCUGAACAGACUUGCUAGUGAGCACCUAGAGCACGAUCUGCAGCCCGAAGAUCGCGACAGGCUUAAGUCCGCCGCUUCCAAGAUAUCCCUGUGGACAACAGUUGGAUCAGCAGUUGGCGUCAGCCUUGGUCUAUUUGCUGCAGUUCGAUUGCGCAACACACGCAAGGCAUUCUUCGCUGCAGUUCGCGCGCAAGAAAAGCCAACCAAAGUGGUUUUCGCCGACGGCCGCACUGAAGCGAUUCCUGACCUGACCCCUCUACUAAAACCUACUGCCCUCGGUGAUUUUGCGACUUACUUCUUCGCCUCGCUUGGUGGACUUUUCCUUGGUGGAGAGCUCGGUUUCGCUGGCGGUGCUGCUAGUGGAAGCAGCAGCUUUUCUGCCGAUACAGAAAGCAGGAAGCGUAUCGAUAAAGCCUUCCGGGCGUUCCGAGCUGAUGUUCUGAGGAAAGAGGCCGACGCCCUGGACCAAGGCUCCAACAUCAUAUUUUAA